AUGAGAAUACCAGGGGGCCUAGUGGUGUUUGUGCUAUUUUGCUUGGCCAGCGCUCAGAAUUUUUAUGACAAAAAUGCGCACAUUAUGGAGUUGACACCUAAGAGCUUUGACAAAGUGGUGCAUCGCACUAACUACACUACAAUGGUAGAGUUCUAUGCCCCAUGGUGUGGAUACUGUCAACAGCUUAAAGGCAUAAUGCAAAAAGCUGCAAAAAGCUUGGACGGUAUCGUCCAAAUUGCAAGUGUAAAUUGUGAUCUAGCCAAAAAUAAACGACUCUGCGCCCAAUACCGUGUUGAGGGUUUUCCAACACUAAUGGUAUUUCGUCCACCCAAAGUAGACCUGAAGAAGAGUGCAGAUAGUCGGAUUGCUCUGGGAAAUCACGCAAGUGAGAUAUAUAAAGGAGAGAGAAAGCUCAGGCCAAUCGUGGACUUUUGCACAUCUCGAGUUAAAAAUUACGUGAACCGUAUACCAAGGAUUGAAAAAAUGCUCGAAAUUUUGAAGAACUCAUCUCAAUCGAGGAUGCAAGUGAUUCUCUUUUCGAAAAGGGAUAAAAUCUCACCUUUGUAUAAAAGCCUGGCUUUGGAUUGGCUAGGGGUAAUGGACUUCCAUGUCUUCCCUAAUUCUAAGCUUCAGGGACUUUCCAAUGCUUUAGAACCACUUGGCGGCAAAUUCAAGGAACUUUUGCUAGGUCUGCAACAGGAUCAAGCGUUUUCUGACUCAAGUCUUUUGGUUGCUUUUAACGCAGAAACACAAGACUAUCAUAUCUAUGAAGAUCAAUCUUUUGAUAAAAAGGAUGUAUGGAAAUUUUUAUCACUGUUGGCAGAACCGCGCGAAGGCCCAUAUACCAAGCGUCAAGAAUAUUUAGAUGCUGUCCGGAAAGGCUUGCAAAUUUCUCGGGAGGAAAAAGGUCAAAAAAAAACAGAUCAAUGUUUCACCAUGAUGAGUUGUAGAGCUACGUAG